AUGAAAUUUAUAUUUUUUGCAAUUUUUCUUAAUAUUCUUAAUAUUAUCAGGGCAAAAGUCCUUGAGUUAACACCAGAAACAUUUUAUAGUGUUGUUGGAAAAGAUAAACCAGCCUUAGUUAAGUUUUACGCUCCUUGGUGCGGACAUUGUAAGAGAUUAGAGCCAAUAUAUGAUGAACUCUCUUCAUUAUAUCAAGGGAAAAAUAUUAUUAUAGCACGUGUAAACGCAGAUAUUUAUAAUGAGCUGGGAAAAAAAUUUGAAAUAAGGGGAUUUCCUACGAUUAAAUGGUUUAAUGCUGGAUCUCUAGAUGCAAAAAUCUAUGAUAAUGAUCGAAAUAUCCAGUCUUUUACGGAUUUUAUUGAAAAAAGAACAGGGAUCAAGGCUAGAGGAAGUGGAUCUUCUCUAAGUGUUCCUGAAUUAACUCCAGAAACAUUUAAUGAAAUUGUUUUUGAUCCAAAAAAAGACGUUCUUGUUAAAUUUUAUGCACCUUGGUGUGGGCACUGUAAAAAAUUGGAGCCUAUUUAUGAGAGGAUUCAUAAAUGUUUUUCAUCCGAUAAACAUGUUUCAAUCGUAAAAUUUAAUGCAGAUUAUUAUAAAGAUUUUGCUAAAGUUUACAAUAUUGAAGGCUUUCCUACUCUUAAGCUUUUUCUCAAAGGCUCUUUACAAAAAACUAUAUUGGAAUAUAAUGGACCAAAUACAGAAUUAGGAAUUGUCUCUUUUAUUAAUAAAAAUACUGGCACUUCUAGAGUACCUGGUGGAGAUCUUAGUAGUAUAGCUGGCCGUAUAAAUGAAUUUGACGCUAUUAUCAAAGAAUAUAAAACUUCUAAUGAAAGGGAUAUUCUAUCAAAAUUAAAAGAUUUGGCUUCAAAAUCAAACAAUAAUUACGGAUUAUAUUAUGUAAAAGUAUUAGAGAAAGCAAUGCAAUCCGCUGAUUAUGUCGAGAAUGAAUAUAAACGACUCGAAAGACUUCUCAAAAACAAUUUUGAACGCAAAAAGCGUGAUGAUAUCCAGAUUCGAAAAAAUAUAUUAUCAGUUUUUAGAGAUAAAGGCAAAUUAAUGUCUAACGAACUCUAAAUACACAAAAUUAUAUAGAAAUUUUUGUUUAUUUCAUCAUUAUAUAUAUCAUCUUAAUUAUUUAUGAAC